CCUUUCCGGUCUAAAAAACGGUCUAUCAAGAAACGAACAAGAAAGGGAUGAAUGAAGGAAACCCUGAGAGCAGAUUUUGUUAUUCAGAAUUUUUGAACCCAAUUCCCGAUUUUUCCUGAGCGUAAGCUAUUUAAAACCUCAUUCCGGCAUCACGUAGAUCCAAAAAGGACUAUGGACGAGUUCGAAUUUCAUCGACUUCUUCAACUAUUUCCCGUUGUUCGAUCUCGAGAUUAUCACGCGGAGACAGAGUUAUCUAGACAGUCAACAUCCAAGUCAUUCAAGAGUGAGUUAAAUGAAUGGCAAGAGGCAUGGAAUGAAGAUGGACAAAAACCAAAGGUUCAAGGAUCUGACCUACAUGAUGCAUUCUGGAAGAAGCUAAAGUUAGCUGCUGAGCAGAAGGUGGGAAAGGUUGAAGCAGAGAGAUUCUGUAACUCAUUUCAACAGAUACACAAUAAACUUGUUAACGAAGAACUUAGUUUGGAUGCUGCCCGGAGCUUUCUGGAUUCAUUCAGUUCCAGUUCCACAGAAGAAUAGUAUGGUUUUCUGCUUCAUACGUCUUGCAUUUGAUAUAUAAUCUUGCCUUUAUAGACCAUAUUUUGCAAGAGUCUGAUUCAAUUGCCAACAAAGAUUUGGAACAGAUAAGUUUUGUUUCAAGGGAAUGCAGACACUAUCUUUCAGAAACAUUGGAUUUUCCACUUAGCCUAAUUAUUAUAAAUAGAUUUGUAUUUUCACAUUUAUGACAUUUACUCUACUAUCCUUGAUGUUUUAAAAGGCUAGAGAUAGCCGUGGCCUUGGGACUUUUUAUUUUGAAGGGGUGAGGCGUAAAUCUGAGAGAAUAUGGGGCAUAAACCUCGAUUUUAAUUUAAAAAAAACAUUAUACGAAGCCUAAAUUUGUGUGAUCGAACAUUAUAGUUAUACAAGAAUUAGAUAUAUAUAAUUACCAUCUCCAUUUGA